CUGCGCUGAGUCGCUGACAGAACCUGACCAGGUAAGGCCAGUCCCGAGUAGUCUCUGUUGCUGACCCUAUACGCAGAAGAUAUUCGUAGGUACCGCCGACCCAUAUUUGUAUCUGCUGCUGGCUAGACCUGGAACACAUAAGACGCUGUGCUCUCUAGCUAGAGAAUAUGACUUGAGAUAGCCUCCACGACUCAAGUUGCACCGAAGACAUGUAACGCUCAAAGCUUCUUCUAGGUUUUUAUGCCCUCAGGCUCUCCUCUCUGAGAACUUCACAUGCGCUCUGUUGCUAUUGCACACGUCGCUAUUGCCGCCUUAGAACUCGACAUCGUCUGCGAGUUGCUGCAUGAUACCGCGCCCUCGCUUCUGCAUUCAGACGUGAAGGUUCUCGAUGGUCAUGAAGAACCACGGGAUGCAGGAGUUGCGGACCAGAAGGAGGGGUCGAGGGUAGGGCUGAUGAGGGACGUGAUCUGUUAGGGAGAAUCAAAAGAGAUUGCAGCCAGCGACGCUCUACUACGCACCGUCACCGCCCGCUGAUUCCGACGUAUAUCUCGAACAAUUUCACUUACACCGUCAAACAUUUUCCUUGCACGUCCACAUAAAGUGCCUGCGUGAGCAUUUUCUCCUGGCUUUGAUUAUUUUCAAGUUUCAAAUCCCAUUCUUUUGGAAAACCAACUUCAAACUCCCACGAAUGGGAGCAUACAGGGGAAUAAACAGCAUUCGACACGUGGCCUGAAAAUAUACAGUACAAGCUGUGGCAUGAAAACACGAGCGCGCAGCGCUCGCCGUAUGCCCACCGGCCAGAUGCCAAGCGUGCAUUAUGCGCCUCGCUCGCGUCGUCACCGUGUGCCACGACAGAUCCUGCAGUCGGUGUGCUAGAUAUGGGCGGACAACGUGUCUGCGAAUUAACGUUCGUUACGGCUGGCUCAUAUGCAACGGGUUCGUGAAGAAAGAUGGCGAUUACUUUGCUAUCUCACUCCUAUAUGCUACCUUUAUUCUAUUAACACAAAGUGGAUGGCCAGGAGGCGCACACCAGGAGACACACUUCGCUAUCCGCUGUCAGAGCAGAGGCUCAGCUGUCCUCCACGAUUUCGGUGUCGAGCAAAUGAUAACUCAGAGUGCCUUCUUGAACACGUUCUUAAUGAGGUACGCUUGGUGAUGGAGUCGUGCACGCUAUACAUCUAUCGCCAAGAUUGGUGCCGAUCUGCGUCCAUCGAGAGUAGCGCGGGCCACUCAAACACACUCCGAUUACAUUUGCGCCGUGACAAGCGUGGUCGUUGCCGGUCGUGGCCAUGGUAUCUAGAGGCUGGGCUGCGGAGCGAUCACUAAUUUGAUGUGUGUAGCGCUCUGCUCAUAGAAUGAAGUAUUGUGUAGCUCAGUGAUCGCAAUGACGGCUCGUCUGCCACCACAAAGGUUCUUGCAAGCGGCCUUGUAACUCGGCCACAAAGCGAUCACGUGUCUAUGUCGCGGAGUUCCGUGGCUUCGUGGCUUGC